AUGUCCUCUCCUGUAUCUACCCUGCAGCCGGAGACUCCUACUGGCAACGGUGUAAGCUUGCCUACACACCCUCAGCCUAAGCUCUCCACGAGUCAGGAUGGAAGCUCCGGCGCCGGCACCCCCAUCGGUUUCCAGCGCUACCCUCACAACAAGCACUUGGAUCAUGCCGUUGGACAAGCUCUGCGCCAACCUUCCCCGCAGCCCACACACUUGGGCAUCCCCGGUACCCCGCACCGUGUGCUCUCCGAAGAGGACCCGGGCUACAUCGCGGCUACCUUCGAGGGCAAGCAGAAACAGAUGGAACAAGUCAUGGAUCAAUUGGAAGAGAAGGGGUUCUUCCCCAGUGACUUUGUCAUCUCCGAGACCACUUGGUUCUAUAACAUGCUUGGCAUCGACGACACCUACUUCCAGACCGAGUCGGUGGAUGCCAUCGUGACUCAGAUUCUCUCCCUAUAUGCCGCUAAGGUCGCUGCCUAUGCCCGCGAUGAUAAGCAGCUCGAGAUCCGCUUGGACAAGGAGGCUGAGGACCAUGCUGUGUACAUUGAUACCAGCCGGCCCGGUAUGUCUUCUAUGGAUGGUCCUCGCUACGAGCAGCGCAUCGACGAGAAGUACGUCAACCACUCCAAGGGUGCCAACAGCUACCGUGUGGAGACUUUCCGCUCGCCCACCACUCUGCCGGGUGACAAUGGCCAGCAGCUGCGCUGCUACUUCGUGUACAAGUGCCAGUUCGUCAACCCCAACCCUUCACCCAAUGAGACCAACAUCGAUAUCAUUGGUGAGAAGCGCUUCUUGCAGAAGGCCACCCCCAACACCAAGGCCAUCUACCAAGAAAUUAUCACUACUGCUGUGGGUCGCUCCGGUCCCGUCAUCGAGAUGUUUGAGAUCGAGGGCAGCCGUGAAAAGCGUCUGGUGAUUGCCUACCGCCAGGGAUCCGCCAUGGGUCUGUUCAGCGCUCUGUCGGAUUUGUACCACUACUACCGUUUGACCAGCUCGCGCAAGUACCUGGAGAACUUCUCCAACGGAAUCACUGUGAUUUCGCUCUAUCUGCGUCCCUCGGACAAUUCCGCGAUUUCAGCCAAGCACCCUCCCAUUGAGGCCGCUAUCCACCAGAUCAUGAAGGAGGUCUCCCUUCUUUACUGUAUCCCCCAGAACCGCUUCCAGGGUCACUUUGCCAGUGGCCGUCUGAGCUUGCAAGAAACCAUCUACGCUCACUGCGCGUGGGUGUUUGUACAGCAGUUCCUUAACCGUUUGGGCUCAGAAUACACUUCGUUGUCUGCUCUGUUGGAUAGCAACAACAGCGUUCACGCAGAGCUGCUUUCCAAGAUCAAGAAGCGUCUGCGUACUGAGACUUUCACUGCCGAUUACAUCUUCGAGAUCAUCAACAAAUACCCCGAGCUGAUCCACAAGCUCUACCUUGACUUCGCCAACACCCACUACGUUCAGACCCAGGACUCUGGCGAUGACUUCCUCCCCACCCUCAGCUACCUGCGUCUCCAGGUCGAUGAGGUCCUCGACGGUGCCAAGCUGAAGCAGCUGAUUCGUAGCACCGCCGUCAACGAGCACGACGAGAUGGUCAUGACCUCCUUCCGCGUGUUCAACUCCUCCAUCCUCAAGACCAACUUUUUCACACCCACCAAGGUGGCUCUCAGCUUCCGCUUGAAGCCGGACUUCUUGCCAGAGCACGAGUAUCCCCAGCCCCUGUACGGCAUGUUCUUGGUCAUCAGCUCCGAGUUCCGCGGUUUCCACCUGCGUUUCCGUGACAUCGCUCGUGGUGGUAUCCGUAUUGUCAAGAGCCGGAACGGCGAAGCGUACAACAUCAACGCUCGCUCAUUGUUCGAUGAGAACUACAAUUUGGCCAACACCCAACAGCGCAAGAACAAGGAUAUCCCCGAAGGCGGUGCUAAGGGUGUCAUUCUCUUGGAUGCCGAUCACCAGGACAAGGCGCGGGUCGCCUUCGAGAAGUACAUCGACAGUAUCCUUGAUUUGCUUCUGCCUCCCGUCAGCCCCGGUAUCAAGGACCCUAUCGUUGAUUUGCACGGCAAGGACGAGAUUCUGUUCAUGGGUCCCGAUGAGAACACCGCUGAGCUCGUCAACUGGGCCACCGAGCACGCUCGCAUCCGUGGCGCUCCCUGGUGGAAGUCGUUCUUCACUGGCAAGAGCCCCAAGCUGGGUGGUAUUCCCCACGACGCUUACGGCAUGACCACCCUCUCGGUUCGCCAGUACGUGCUGGGAAUCCAGCGCAAGCUGGGCAUCGACCCCUCCACACAGCUCAAGCUGCAGACCGGUGGUCCCGACGGUGAUCUCGGAUCCAACGAGAUUAUGCUCGCCAACGAGAAGUACGGAGCUAUUGUCGAUGGAUCCGGUGUGAUCUAUGAUCCUACCGGUCUCAACCACGAAGAGCUUAUCCGCCUGGCCAAGAAGCGCGCUAUGAUCUCAGAGUUCGAUAUGACCAAGCUGUCGCCCGAGGGCUACCGCGUUCUUGUCGAUGAGACGAACAUCAAGCUUCCCAGCGGCGAGGUUGUCCACAACGGCAUGGUCUUCCGUAACACCUACCACCUGCGCUCACAGGAGAAGUUCGAUGUGUUCGUCCCUUGCGGUGGUCGUCCCGAGUCCAUCGACCUGGCCUCCGUCGGAAAGCUCAUCAAGGACAACAAGUCCAUCAUCCCCUUCAUUGUCGAAGGCGCCAACCUGUUCAUCACCCAGGACGCCAAGCUGCGCCUCGAGAAGGCUGGCUGCAUUCUGUACAAGGAUGCCUCCGCCAACAAGGGUGGUGUGACUUCUUCUUCCCUGGAGGUCCUCGCCUCGUUGUCCUUCAACGAUGAGGAGUUCGUCGAGCACAUGUGCAUCCGUGAGGACGGCACUGUCCCCGAAUUCUACCAGGCCUAUGUCAAGGAAGUCCAGCAAGUCAUUCAGUCGAAUGCCGCCCUCGAGUUCGAGGCCAUCUGGCGCGAACACCAGCAGACCGGUGUGCUGCGCAGUGUGCUCAGUGAUCGUCUCAGCUUGGCCAUCACCAAGCUUGACGAGGAGCUCCAGACCACCGAGCUUUGGGACAAUGUUGCACUCCGUCGCUCUGUUCUUGGUGACGCUCUGCCCCGUCGUCUGUUGGACAAGAUCGGUCUGGAGACCAUCUUGGGACGUGUCCCCGAGAACUACCUCCGUGCCAUCUUCGGCAGCUACUUGGCCAGUCGUUUCGUGUACGAGUACGGCAACCAGCCCAGCCAGUUCUCCUUCUUCGACUUCAUGACCAAGCGCCUCGCUAUGAUCCAGUCCUAA